UACUUAGGCAUGGCUAUCCAACCCCUUAGUUUUGCCCAGUCAGCGGCCGCGCUCUGGUCCUUGCCGUGCUCCGCCGAGUCCCGCCCCGCCCGGCACCCGCCAGCACUCCGCCUGCUUCACGUGACGUUCUCGGUGACUCCUCACGUGAUGGGGCGCGCUGCGGGCGCCUGCGUACUAGGUGCCACUCGCGUUUCCACAGAUACGACCCCGUCACGUGGGGAACGGGUAAGGGCCAGUACAUCUGCACGAGGCCGGCUCUUCACCACCCAAACCUUUAUCACGUGUUGAGGGAGAGGUGGCCUCAGAAAGAGCCUGCGCCAUCCUAGUCCUCUGGUCUUUUAAUGUCUUUCGGCUGCACCCUACACCUACAUCCGGGCGACUGCUACGGCGCGCAAGGCAGCAAAGAGCAGGGCGAGAAGAGUUUGGCUUUCGCCUCGUAAAGGUUAAAACCUGUAUGUUUCAGUCAAGAGGAAAACACUGGACUAGAAAGCUCGCCACACGUUGCCAAGCAUCAGAUUUAAGACCCCACCCUGCCUGAGACUCCGCUCCGCCUCUGAGCUCCCAUUGGUCUUGGGCGCCGCAUGCAGCCCCGUGAUUGGCCAGACGGGCGGCCCGCGGUGACAAAUGAGCAGCGGCGCCGGCGUUCCCGCGGCCAUUCGCUGUUCAAGUGGGUCGUAGCGGCUGCGGCAGUUAAGGAGCGUAACGGUCGCCGGUCUCCAGAGCGACGAUGGCGGCCUUAGGGCUCGGAGGCUACGCGCGGAACGAUACAGUCGAGAAGCUGCCAUCUGUCAUGGCGGGAGUUCCAGCGCGGAGAACCCAGUCCUCCCCGCCCCCAGCCGCACCGCUCUGCCCGCGGCGGCGGACACGACUCUGGGCGGGGCCGGAGGACACGGUGCAGAACCGGGUGUCACUUGAGAAGGUGCUUGGCAUCACAGCCCAGAACAGCAGUGGCCUAACCUGUAACCCUGGCACAGGCCAUGUGGCCUACCUGGCAGGCUGUGUGGUGGUGAUUUUGAAUCCCAAGGAGAACAAGCAGCAACACAUCUUGAAUACUGCCAGGAAGUCUCUGAGUGCUCUGGCCUUCUCUCCUGAUGGGAAAUACAUAGUGACAGGGGAGAACGGACACAGGCCAGCUGUGCGCAUCUGGGAUGUAGAGGAGAAAAGUCAGGUGGCAGAGAUGCUGGGCCACAAGUACGGAGUAGCCUGUGUGGCUUUCUCACCCAAUAUGAAGCAUAUCGUGUCCAUGGGCUACCAGCAUGACAUGGUCCUCAACGUCUGGGACUGGAAGAAAGAUAUCGUGGUGGCCUCCAACAAGGUGUCAUGCAGGGUCAUUGCCCUCUCCUUCUCUGAGGACAGCAGCUAUUUUGUUACUGUUGGGAACCGGCACGUGAGGUUCUGGUUCUUAGAAGUCUCCACUGAAGCAAAGGUGACAGGCACAGUGCCCCUAGUGGGGCGCUCAGGAAUCCUGGGUGAGCUGCACAACAACAUCUUCUGUGGUGUGGCGUGUGGCCGGGGCCAGAUGGCAGGCAACACCUUCUGUGUGUCCUACUCGGGCCUCCUCUGCCAGUUCAACGAGAAGAGGGUGCUGGAGAAGUGGAUCAACCUGAAGGUCUCCCUGUCUUCCUGCCUCUGUGUUAGUGAGGAACUCAUCUUCUGUGGCUGCACAGAUGGGAUAGUCCGCAUCUUCCAGGCCCACAGCCUCCAAUACCUCACCAACCUGCCCAAGCCACACUACCUGGGGAUAGACGUGGCCCAGGGCUUGGAGUCCAGCUUUCUCUGUCACAGGAAGGUGGAUGCAGUCUACCCAGACACCGUGGCACUGACCUUCGACCCUGUCCAUCAGUGGCUGUCCUGCAUAUAUAGGGACCAUAGUAUCUACGUCUGGGAUGUCAAAGACAUCAACAAAGUGGACAAGAUGUGGUCAGAGCUCUUCCAUAGCUCCUACGUCUGGAAUGUGGAGGUAUAUCCUGAGUUUGAAGAUGAGAGAGCUUGUUUGCCAUCAGGAUCUUUUCUGACUUGUUCUUCAGACAAUACCAUUCGCUUCUGGAACAUGGACAGCAGCCGUGAGUCUCACUGGCAGAAAAAUAUCUUAAGCAAUACCCUGCUGAAGGUAGUAUAUGUGGAGAACGACAUCCAGCACCUGCAGGACACGUCCCAUUUCCCAGACCGGGGAGGUGAAAACGGGACACCCACGGAUGUGAAAGCUGGAGUGCGAGUCAUGCAGGUCAGUCCUGAUGGCCAGCACUUGGCCUCAGGCGACCGAAGUGGAAAUGUGAGGAUCCACGAGCUGCACUUCAUGGAUGAGCUGGUCAAGGUGGACGCCCAUGAUGCUGAGGUGCUCUGCCUGGAGUACUCCAAGCCUGAGACUGGGCUGACUUUGCUGGCCUCGGCCAGCCGGGACCGACUGAUCCAUGUGCUGAAUGUGGAGAAGAACUACCACCUGGAGCAGACCCUGGAUGACCAUUCAUCCUCCAUCACAGCUAUCAAGUUUGCUGGCAACAGAGACAUCCAGAUGAUCAGCUGUGGGGCCGACAAGAGCAUUUACUUUCGCAGUGCCCAACAGACCUCAGAUGGACUCCACUUUGUCCGUACGCACCAUGUGGCAGAAAAAACCACCUUGUAUGACAUGGACAUUGACAUCACACAGAAGUAUGUGGCUGUGGCCUGCCAAGACCGAAAUGUAAGGGUCUACAACACGGUGAAUGGGAAGCAGAAGAAGUGCUACAAGGGCUCCCAGGGCGAUGAAGGCUCCUUGCUGAAGGUUCAUGUGGACCCCUCAGGCACCUUCCUGGCCACAAGCUGCUCUGACAAAAGCAUCUCAGUGAUCGACUUUUACUCGGGCGAGUGUGUUGCCAAGAUGUUCGGCCACUCAGAAAUCGUCACCAGCAUGAAGUUCACCUAUGACUGUCGUCACUUGAUCACAGUGUCUGGAGACAGCUGUGUGUUCAUCUGGCAUCUGGGCCCUGAGAUUACCACCUGCAUGAAGCAGCACUUGCUGGAGAUUGAUCACCAGGAGCAGCACCGGCAGCAGCAGCCUAAAGACAAGAAGUGGGGCACCCACUGCAGGCAGGAGAUGUAUGCUUCCAUGUCCAGCGAGAAGAUUCACUCCCUGAGCCCUGGAGAGCAGUCAGAGGAUGAGAUGGAGGAGUGUGAACCAGAUGAGCUGCUGAAGACACCAUUCAAAGAGAGCUUGGAUCCAGAUCCUCAGUGCCUGCUGACCAACGGCAAGCUGCCUCUCUGGGCCAAGCGGCUGCUAGGAGAUGAUGACGUGGCAGAUGGUGCAGCCUUCCAUGCCAAGCGCAGCUACCAGCCACAUGGCCGCUGGGCGGAGCGGGCUGACCAGGAGCCCCUCAAGACCAUCUUGGGUGCCCAGGAUUGCUACUUUACCCCCAUGAAGCCCCAGCAUCUGGAGGACUCCAGUCUGGACACAGUGGAGCCGCAGAGCCUGGCAGGCCUGCUGAAUGAGCCUGAGAGUCCCCAGGACGAUGGCUGUGAGUGCCCCACCUUCCUGCCCCUACAGAGGGAGUCAUCUGAGGCCAGCGAGCUUGUCAUCUACUCCCCGGAAGCAGAAGAGACCAUCACAGGGGCAGACAGCGAGUACUGCGAGAAGGAGGUAGAGGCAGGCCCUGGAGACCAGCAAGGGGACUCCUACCUCAGGCUGUCCUCCGUCAGCUCAAAGAAUCCAAGCCCACCCGAAAGAUGCCCGGGUGCAGCAGAAGAGUCGUCUAAGCCUGAGGGGCCCGGCUUAGCCAAAGGCUCCCUGCCCCAGACCCCUGAGCAGGAGAAGUUCCUCCGCCACCACUUUGAGACACUUACUGACACCCCUCCUGAAGAGCUCUUCCAUGGGUCCCUGGGAGAUGUGAAGGUCCCUGAGACCGAGGACAUUUUCAAUCCCCGGCUGAGCAUCUCCACGCAGUUCCUCUCUCGCCUCCAGAAGACGUCCAGGUUCACCCAAGCCUUCCCUCCCCGGCUGCCUCUGCACCUUGUGAAGUCUCCUGAGGUCAAGUCCACAGGCCGAGGGGGAAGCCAGCCCAGAGCCGAACCCCUGAGAGCAGGUAUUGGCUGCACCUCCCCAGACGGGACCAACGUCCUUUCUGGGGGGAAAGCUGAAGAGCCCCUGGCAACCCUGGAGGUGUGGUGCCCACUGACGUCCCGCCUAACAGACCCAGCACCUAGUUCCUCUUCCUCUUCCAUGCUGGCCACAAACAGGAAGUCUCUGACACCCACAUCUGGAGUGUACACCCCAGGCCUGGCUCAGGGUGUCUGUGCCCCCUCCACCUGUUCCUACAUGGAGACCACUGUGAGCCCUCGGGCCAAGAUAGCACGUAGUGUCUCCCUUGAGGACAGUGAAGGGCCUGUCCUGACUGAGCUGGCCAGGCCCCUCCGCAGGCCUUCAUCCAUGGGGGAGCUAGCCUCCCAGGGCCAGGAGCUCCCAGCCGUCACUGCCAUGGUGACACGCAGUUCUGUCAGUGGGGGCCAAGAAUCUGCCCUGCCUUCCUUGGGCAACCAUGAGGCCCGAGCCAGCCUGAGACUGACCCUGUCUAGUGUCUGUGACAGGCUUUUCCUGUCCCCAUCCCUGCUGGAGCCACCCACCACAUGUGUCUGGUCCCAGGGGCCUGUAAACACCCAGCCUAGCGUCUCAGUCACAGCAGCUAGCUUCCUCACCCCAAGCCCUGCAAAUGUGAGCACCCUAGGGGUCCACAAUUCUACCCUUCUACCAAAGCUCCCAGUCCCCUCACCCCUCACCCCUCCUGCCCACCCCUACAGUCCCCAGCUUCCAGAAGCCAGGCCUGGGGUCCCCAGUACCACCACCUCCAUCCUGGAGCCCUCCCCUGAUGCACCCCAUCAGAUCCACGGCAGCCCUGGCUACUGGAGGGAGCCCAUGCUGCCCGCGCCCCUUGAGCUGAGCAGUGUGAGGAAGGUCCUGCAUAAACUACAAACUGCCUUCCAGGAAGCCCUUAACCUUUACCACAGGUCGGUCUCCAGCAGCCGGAUGGACACAGAGCAGCAGCAGGCACAGACAGAGCUGACUUCUACCUUCCGGUGGAUCCACAGCCAGCUGGAAGCCACCAACUUGCUGAUUGGGACUGACAUGCCCCCACCCCAAACCCUGCCUAGCCUGGGUCCCCCACCCCCACCUGCCCUAUGCCCGCUGGCCAGUCCAGACCUGCAUGCCCUCCUGGAGCACUAUUCAGAGCUGCUGGUGCAAGCUGUGCGGAGGAAGGCUCGGGGGGACUAAAGAAAUAGGUAUUUUAAGCAAAUAAACUGACAGCUUACAGCAGUA